AUGCCUUACCCCGAGACCGCUGAGGGCUUCUGUGUCACCGACAUCAAGAAGUGGAGCACUUUCACCAAGCAAGAGUUCAAGCUCAAGCCCUUCGGCGACCGCGACGUCGACAUUGCCAUUGACGCCUGCGGUGUCUGCGCAAGCGAUGUCCACACCAUCAGCGGCGGCUGGGGCGCUGAUAUCCCGCUCCCGCUGUGCGUUGGCCACGAGAUCAUCGGCAAGGUCGUCAAGACCGGCAAGGAUGUGACCACGGUCAAAGUCGGCGACCGUGUCGGUGUCGGCGCCCAGAUCUCCGCCGACCUGACCUGCGGCAACUGCAAGGCUGACCAGGAGAACUACUGCCCCAACUCGGUUGACACCUAUGGCGCUCCCUACCCCGACGGCACCAUCUCCAUGGGUGGCUACUCCAGCCACGUCCGUGCACACGAAUACUUCACAUUCAAGAUACCCGACGCUCUUGAGACGAGCUUGGCCGCCCCCAUGCUCUGCGCUGGUCUGACCGUUUUCAGCCCUCUGAAGCGGUUAGGAGCUGGUCCCGGUAAGAAGAUUGGCAUUGUUGGAAUCGGCGGUCUCGGCCACUUUGGUAUUCUGUUCGCAAAGGCGCUGGGCGCCGAUGUCUACGCCAUCUCGCACAGCCCGAACAAGAAGGAGGACGCGCUCAAGCUGGGCGCCACCGACUUCAUCGUGACCAAGGAGAAGAACUGGGCGGAGCCGUGGAAGUUCACCUUCGACUUCAUCAUCAGCACGGCCGACGCCACCGACAAGUUCAACCUGCCCGACUACUUCAGCACCCUCAAGGUCAACGGCACCUUCCACAUGGUCGGCUUCCCGGACAACCCGCUGCCGCAGAUCCAGGCCCAGGCCUUCGCCCCCAACGGCUGCUUCAUGGGCGCCUCGCACAUCGGCAACCGCCCCGAGAUGAUCGAGAUGCUCGAGCUCGCCGCCAAGCAGGAGAUCAAGAGCUGGGUCGAGACCAUCGACAUCUCCGAGGAGGGCUGCAAGCAGGCCGUCGAGCGCGUCUACAAGGGCGACAACGUCCGCUACCGCUUCACCCUCGUCGGCUACGACAAGAUCUUCGGCAAGCGCGCAUAG